AUAGCUUACACGAAAGAUGCGAAUUGUAAGGGCCCUGGAGACAUAGUAAACAACAGGACGGACGAUUACCUCAUCAAAGCUUGCCUGGAAUACUACAUUCCUUACUCUACUGACACUGAAGUCUACAAAAACAUAUAUUGCGCGUUGUGCGAACAUGAUGCUAAGGAUUUGAAUAUUCAAUACGACAAAUAUGACUCAUUCGGAUACAACCAAUUGUUGUUAACCCGUUUUUCGGCCCUAAUGGAUUUUAAAAAAGUGGAAAAAGAACCGAUCGCUAAGAAGACGAAAUGUGCUGCUAAUCAAAUAUUUGACGAGAAACUGAACAAGUGCCAAGAUAUCAAGUGUGAACCAGAAUAUAUGUACCAGAACCUUGCCUGCGAUCCUGUCCAUCCAAUGUUCAAUGAGAACAACUACGAGUUGAAUUUAAUAGUUGUCCCAACGAAUGAUAGUGACGAAAACAACAUAUAUGUACCACCAGUCAUCAGAGUUCUACAGGACAUUAUGUCGAACAACAACUUGACCGAGUACCUCUGUAGAAUGUCCGCACUGCUUCCUGUUGAAUCGGAUGGUAAUUUUGUGGCAUUUGUUAUAGAACUGUCGGUAAAUCAUCUCCAUAGCGUGGAUGUCAUGAUUAAAAAAAUAUUGAAUAUCUUUUCCACACACCGCGGUACGACUAUCCAAAUUUCGCCAGAAGCGCCUCUUGUUCACAUUUCUAUUUCUAUUGUUGGGCAGCGUUUUCACGUCCACGGUAACUCUUUGUUUGAGAAAUUUACUUCCCGCAUUUGUUAUGUUAAUCCCAUGAGUGGAAAUGAAAUGACUUUAUAUUCCCAAAUAAACAUGUUAGAAGGUAAUGAACAGGCUCCUAAAUAUCAGUACUGUGCGACAGGCGACAUGAUGUCCAUCGUAGCUGAAUGGUAUCGUUGUCCAAAAAUCAAAAUGAGGACAGCAGAUGUACGAUUAGAUGUGUCCAACUUCUCUGUUUGUCUGGUAGACUAUCAGGCUUGCUUCUCCUCGACAUAUUUCAAAGAGUUUCCCGACAAACGCAGCGUUGAGAUAUGUCUUAGUCAAUAUCUCCAAGCUUCCAGCCUUAUGUUGACGAAUUCAGACGAUAAGUUAAUGAAAUAUCUGUCCCUGUCUUGUCUCUCUUUAUCAUCGCUUGGUUCCCUCCUGACUUUUAUUACGGUAGCCGUUAGUAACACUCACAAAAAGAUUGCGGAUAUUAACAUUAUGAUAUUAGCUGCGUUCUCAAUUGUAGCAAAUACCGUCUACACUUUCUCCAAGUUUUUUCUGUGGAAUGAAUUCUUAUGUAUUGGUGUUGGUAUGUUGGUUCAUUUCUCGUGGCUCUCUGUCGUCUGUUGGAUGAGUUUAUCUACAUUCCAAAUCUUUCAAACAUUUACCUCCUUCAAUAACAUAAACAUGAAAGUUAGUUCGCGAGUGAUUUGUAGUUUGCUGGUAGAUGUUUUCAUAUGUUUGACAUUUAUUGCUAUCAAUGUGUCUGUAAGUUACGUCAAGAGCGACGGAGAAAGUUUCGGUUACUCUCCUCUCACCUGCUACAUCGCUGACCCCGAUUUGAUCCUCUUUACCUUUGCUCUCCCAGUAGGUCUGAUCGUUUGUAUCAAUACUUUUAUGUUUGUGGUGACUGUAUGUAGGAUCAGUGGAAAGAUUGUCAUUCGGAAAUCAAAGGACCAAAAGAGCAUAAGUUCCUACUUCCGGCUCUCCACCAUUACCGGUGCGGCGUGGUUGUUCGGGUUUUUGUCUCAGUUUAUUGAGCUGCAACUGUUUUCUAUUUUGCACACUAUUUUCAAUGGUGGUCAAGGCAUAUUUAUGUAUGUGGCUUUUGGGCUGUCACAAACUCCGAAGUGUCUCUCGCGCAAUCAACCUCUACAGUCGGAAAGUUUUAGAAAAAGCACUUAUAAUUAAUGAAAAUAAGACACGUUAUACGUAUGAAGCAAAGUUUAUUAGUAUACUGUAAAUGGGGAAAUGAUUUCGGUGGUUUUAAUUUCGCUAUGUUCGCAAUCGGGGAUUUUUCCGCGAAAUUAAAACAACCGCAAUCAUUUCCCAUCUCUAGCAACCGUAGUUCAAUAGGAAUGAACUUGUGUUUUUGUCCACCCAUUGCUGUUGAUUGAUUUCUCUUCAAAAUUUGUAGCAUUAUUCCACAAAUAUAUCGCGUACACUUAGUGGUAUCAGAUUGAUCUGUCCUGUUUCAAUCAAAGCAAUAUCAAAUAGAGGUAAUUAUAAUGAUUUGGUAACUUUCUGUCCUAUAUCGGCCAUUUUGACACUGUCAAGGUACGGCAAAAUCCACCCACCGGCUCAUCCUACUUGCAGGUAUGUAUAAGUACAAACAAUUAAACGAAAUUCAAUCUCAUUUUGCAGUUACCUUGUACUUCUCAAUAGGUAUGGGGAAAUGCACACUCUCGGGUCAUAACGAAA